AUGGCAUCCAAUAUCAAGCUCUCUGGUGUGCUUGCAUCCGUCUUGUUAGUUAUGGUGGGUGUAAUCGUUGUUUGUGAGGGCAGAAACCUCAAGGCGGCAACAACAUAUCAAACUGAUAACUUGGGAGGCGGUGGAGGACUUGGCGGGUGCGGUGGUUUUGGGAAAGGUGGUGGUGUGGGACUUGGUGGUGGUGGAGGAGCUGGUGGCGGCUUAGGUGGAGGUGCUGGAGGAGGCCUUGGUGGAGGAGCAGGUGCUGGUGGAGGUUUAGGCGGUGGAGCAGGAGGAGGUUUAGGUGGAGGUGCAGGUGGUGGGGUAGGCGGAGGGGCUGGUGGAGGCCUUGGUGGAGGAGCAGGUGCCGGAGGAGGCCUGGGAGGAGGCGCUGGUGGUGGUGCAGGAGGAGGUGCUGGUGUUGGAGCAGGAGGAGGUGCUAGUGUUGGAGCAGGAGGAGGUUUAGGAGGAGGUGCUGGUGCUGGAGCUGGUGGAGGAUUAGGUGGAGGAGCUGGUGGUGGCUUAGGUGGAGGUGCUGGUGGUGGUUUAGGAGGAGGUGCUGGUGGUGGAGUUGGUGGAGGCUUUGGAGGAGGUGCUGGUGGUGGAGCUGGAGGAGGUGCUGGUGAAGGGGUUGGUGGCGGUGCAGGUGGUGGAGCUGGAGGAGGCCUGGGAGGAGGCGCUGGUGGUGGUGCAGGAGGGGGUGCUGGUGUUGGAGCAGGAGGAGGUUUAGGAGGAGGUGCUGGUGCUGGAGCUGGUGGAGGAUUAGGUGGAGGAGCUGGUGGAGGAGCUGGUGGUGGCUUAGGUGGAGGUGCUGGUGGUGGAGCUGGAGGUGGUUUAGGAGGAGGUGCUGGUGGUGGAGCUGGUGGAGGCUUUGGAGGAGGUGCUGGUGGAGGGGUUAGUGGCGGUGCAGGUGGUGGAGCCGGUGGAGGUGCUGGUGGAGGUGCCGGUGGAGGAGGUGGUUUCGGUGGUGGUGCAGGAGGUGGUGGAGGAUUUUAA